AAAUUAAUACUACUCAUAUUAGUAGCGAUCUUUGUGGAUUAUAGUAGUGAUUUUAUAUUUUUAAGAGUUUAAAUUACUAUUAGUAGGGAUUCUGGAAUUUGCAGUAGUAGUAAUUGCUAACUUUUAGAAAGGAGUGAUAACAUAUUUAUUAUUAGUAUGAAUCAGUACAGUGCUUAAAAUGGAAAAGACUACUAAGAAUGAAUCACCAAAGAAGAAAACACUACUAACAUAAGUAUCAAUACUACACAAUUGCUACUAGAAAAACACUACUAAAGUUAGUAUACCAGAAGCAAACAGUACACGAUUUUCCCAUCCCUAAGAUUUGUGCUCCCAUCAUUAGAAAACAUAAAUGAACACAAAUCACUAAUGAUAAUCCAAGAAUCACUACUCAGAUCUGUCUCCGCAAUCCAUUAUGGGACUCAUGGACCGCCGCAGAUCCAUCGCUCCAAUCCAAAGACUCGACCCCCAACAACUUCAGAGCAGAGCAGAGGACGGCGUUGCAAUGAGAAACCGCCAAGGAGAGAGGUUGUGGCGGCGUCACAAGAAGUUCCACGCGAGAGAAGCGAAGCGCUUGUCACCUACUCCCAGCCGAUGCGAUCUUCUCCAAUGGAAAGCUUUCUUUGCUAGCGAUCGUCGUCGUUUCGUCGGCUCUCUCUACCAGCCGUCGUCACAGAUGUCGUUGGCGAGGAAACAAUGAGACACCCUCAACCUCAAACCCAACAACCGCUUUGCUCUCUUGUUCCUCGUUGGCAAAGAGCAUUAGCAAUCGACCUCCAUUCUAGAUCUAAAUCCUUGGAAAUAGCAGGAGCAAUUUCCUAGAGGAAGUUAUGAGAAAGAGGCUGGGAGUGAGGAGAGCGGCUGCGUGACUUUUAUAGUUAGGGUUAGGAGAAUUAAUUAUGCAAUUGACAAAGAUAACCUCCAACUAAUUAUAACCCUUAGGAUUAUUAUUUUAAUCUAAUGACUAAAAAGAUGGUUAGUAUGGUGCUAACCCAUUAAGGGGUUAGCAACUAAUCUCAUCCCGUUUGAAGGAGAUAAAUGUGAAGCAAAGACGAAUCAGUGGGUAGCCAACAUUUCGUUUAAAGUGGGUCCGAAAUAAAAAUAUAUAAAAAUAAACUUAAUUAAUAUUU